UCAAAUUCCACAUUUCCAAACGAACAAAGAAAAAACAUGUAUUGUUGUUACAGAAUAACGAUCCAACCAAAUGUAACACCAAUUUCCGUCACAUAUUCUGGAAUUAGAUCCAACUCCGGAAAAUUUCAAAUCCGAAACUAUGGUUCUAAUUCAUUACUCAAAAUAAAAGCUUCAAUUAAAAACAACAAUAAUUGUGCUUCGUUCAAAUCUGAAUUAACCUUGUAUGAGGUUUUAGGUAUAUCCAAAUCCGUGUCUAUAGCGGAAUUGAAGCGCGCUUAUAAGCAAAAGGCCCGAAAAUGUCACCCAGAUUUGUCACCACCGGGUCAGGACAAAGAGUACACAAAGAUGUUUAUUAUCGUGCGUGAGGCUUAUGAGAUUUUGUCCGAUCCAGUAACAAAAGCUAUUUAUGAUAGAGAUUUGGCUAAAGGGAUUCCGUUUGAAUUUUCUACUAGUAGACACUACUGUCAUCGCUCUCAUUAUGAUCAGGUGAGUGAAGAAAAGAAAAAAUGGAAAAAUGGGUGGGAAUCUCAACUGGCGGAGCUGGAAAAGAAGAGUGAUGGCAAGGAAGAUAAAGAAAAUAUGACUUGGGGUGCUCGAAUGCGUCAACGUAGUACUUAUUAGAUUAAAUGAAUUAGUUACGGAAUAAUAUUAAUGUAAUUUUAGUGAUUGUCAUAAUAGAUUAUCUAAUAGGUAUGCAUAACCCCCCAGGGUUGGUCUAGUGGUGGAGGUUUGGGUCUUGAGAGUGUGCUCCUCUCAAAGUUCUGAGUUUGAAUCCUGCUAGAUGUUAACAAUCCUCCUGAUGGGUCAGUUCAUACAGAACUUUGUUCUGACGAAUUAAAUA